AACAUGAACACGCCUUCCUUGACUUGUUUAUCUCGGGUGUUUACGACCAUCAUGUGACCUUUGGAUCAGAACCGACUGAUAAGGACAACAAAGUUGAUGUGAGCUCCAAAACGCAAGUCGUGUGACCAACAAGAUGGCCAACAGGAAGUCAAACAGGAAGUGUGCUCUUUCCUCCUUGGAGGUGAUGCUGAUGGUGCUUUUCAUCACCAUGACGACUGUCAGCAUCACACUGAUUACGCUGAUGGUGACUGGCAAAAGUCCUGACCCGACUCCGCCCCCAAGUCCAGAAACGCCACACCAGCCUUUCCUAAUUGGCGUAGGCCGCGCCGACUGCACCGGGCCCCCGGCUGACAUUCCUCUGAUGGGCUAUGCUAACCCUCAACAGACAGCCGCAGGAAUUCACACUCGCUUGUUCAGUCGAGCCUUCAUCGUUGACGAUGGCCAGCACAGAGUAGUCUUCGUCACUGUCGACGUGGGAAUGAUAUCACAGAGGCUCCGCCUGGAGGUCCUGAAGGCCUUGCAGGUCAAGUAUGGUGACCUGUACCGCCAGGACAACGUGGUUCUGAGUGGGACGCACACCCACUCAGGCCUGGGUGGAUACUUCCAGUACACGCUCUUCAUGAUCACCAGCAAAGGAUACAUCAAGUCAUCCAUACAACCUCUGGUAGCAGGCAUCGUCAAAAGUAUAGCCAUAGCCCACGGUACCAUGCGCCCGGGUCGGGUCUACAAGAACCGGGGCCAGCUGGAUGGCAGCAGCGUGAACAGAAGCCCCCACUCGUACAACAACAACCCGCAGGACGAGCGACUCAGGUACGACGACAACAUCGACAAGCAGGUGGUGGUUCUGAAGUUCACGGACCUGGACGGAGACGGCAUGGGCUUGAUCAGCUGGUUCGCCGUGCACGCGGUCAGCAUGAACUACACCAACCGCCUGUUGAGCAGCGACAACAUGGGCUACGCCGCCUACCUCAUGGAGCAGGACAAGAACCGAGGCGCGCUACCUGGCCAGGGCGCUUUUGUGGCUGCUUUCUCCUCCAGUAACCUUGGCGACGUCAGUCCAAACACUCGAGGUCCUCACUGCGUCAACACCGGAUUAGCUUGCGACUACCUGAACAGCUCGUGUCCUGAUGGAGGGACUAAGAUGUGUAAGGCGUUCGGACCCGGUGAAGACAUGUUUGACAGCACCAACAUCAUCGGACUCAACAUCUACAGGAAGGCCAAGGUGACGACUUGCAAACCCGCACUGGGUCACAGUUUUGCUGCAGGAACCACAGACGGGGGAGGAGACCUGAACUUUACACAAGGUGCCGUGGAGGGUGACCCCUUUUGGGACGGCAUCAGAGACACCCUCCUGGGCCCGCCGUCCAAUCAGACGCAGGAAUGCCACCGGCCCAAACCAAUCCUGUUUAGUACAGGAGAGAUGAACUGGCCGUUGCCAUGGCACCCAGAGAUUGUUGACGUUCAGAUCAUCGCGGUCGGAUCCGUUGCAGUUGUUGCUGUUCCUGGAGAGAUGACCACUAUGGCGGGAAGACGGUUAAGAGAAGUCGUCAAACUGGAAUUAGAGUCUGGUGGUGCGUUCAAGGACCCCGAGGUUGUGAUUGCAGGCCUGAGCAACGUGUACACUCACUACAUCAGCACCUAUGAGGAGUAUCAGAUUCAGAGGUACGAGGGCGCCUCCACCAUCUACGGCCCGCACACGCUCAGUGCCUACCUGCUCAAGUAUGCUCACCUGGCCCACGCCAUUGCACAGAACAAAGCCGGAGAUCUUCCACCGGGUCCGCCUCCUCCGUUUUUUGAGAAUAAUCUUUUCAAUCUGCUGCCGGCGGCGCCGGUUGACAGGAAACCGGCGAACAGCAGUUUUGGAGAAGUCCUGCAGCAAGUACUUCCUGUUUACAGACAGGGCGAUGUUGUGUCCGUCACGUUUGUGGCGGGGAACCCGCGGCAUUCCGGAGACGUGAGGGAUGGAAGCUUUGUUGCCGUGGAGAUGCACGACAACACGAGCGACACCUGGACGCUGGUGCACACCGAUGCAUCAUGGGAGACCAGGUUUCAUUGGCUCAAAGGCCCGAACCGCCACAGCAACGCCACGGUGGAGUGGUACAUCCCCCCCAACGCCGCCGUCGCCGCCUACAGGAUCAAACACUCGGGACACUACAAGACCAUGAAAGGCCUGCGGCCCGUCAUCGUGUCCUACGAGGGCGUGUCGGACGUCUUCCGAGUGGUGGCGAGUUUUUACUACGAGUGACGUCUGCUGGCGCUGACCCCUGCCACUUCCUGUAUUCAUAGCUGAGAUAGGAAACCGCCAA